AGGUGAAGGCAGAUCGAGAGAGAGAGAAGCAGCAACUUUACUCUGAGAACCCAGCCGACUGAUCCUACACAAGGGAGAAUGAAAUCCUUCCUCCUCGCCAUCGCUGCCGUGCAGAUCCUCCACUGCUCAGGAGUGCCAAGCACCAAGGAUGCUCUGAGAACCUCUGUUGCAAAACUGAAUGAAAUCACCGAGAUCACAAACUUGUGUGCGAUCACCAGGAGAGGCGUAACAACUACCUAUCACACGGGUAAACUGUCAUACAAUGUGGAUUUAACAUUCUCCGUGAAAGAAACAGUCUGUUCCAAGAAUUCUGGACAGGAAUUUGAUGAUCCCAGUUGCACCUUCCGUCCUAAGAACAUUGCUGAGAAAGGGUUUUGCAAAAGCCGUGUGGAAUAUUUUGCUGAUAAAGUGGCUGACGUUGAUGUGGAGUGUGACGGUCUGAAGACCAUUGACAGCGAGAGUGACUCAUCAGAGUCCAAUGAAACCAGUAUUGAGGCUCAAAGCAAAUCAAAUGAGACAUCACUAGAAGAAACCUCAAGUGUGAGUAUUAACUAGUAUUUUGUCAGAUGA